AUGAGCUCCAAGGAAAUUGAGCCCCAGACAUACCCGGAGAAGGAUCCCGGCCCGCUGGAGGAAGCACAUGCUCUGUCGCCUCUCGAAGAUAAGACCAAGGGUCGUUGGGAGCGCAGUUGGCCUACCAUCGCAUGUGGUGCCGGUCUGUUCUCCGAUGGUUAUCUUAAUGGCGUCAUUGGCCAAGUCAACACGAUACUCAGUACCAUCUAUGCGGAUGUCUACAACAACUCCACGGCCAGUAAGAAUGUCUCAUCAAUCGCCUUUGUUGGUACCGUGGUUGGUAUGCUCAUCUUUGGCUACACAAGCGAUCACUGGUCGCGCAAGUGGUCCCUGAUGAUUUCGACAAUCAUCCUAUUCGUUUUCGCGGCUCUCUGCGCGGGUUCCUAUGGCUACCAUGAUAGCACGUACGGGUUAUUCGCAGCACUAACGGCUUAUCGUUUUUUCAUUGGAGUUGGCAUUGGUGGGGAAUAUCCUGCUGGUUCAGUCGCUUGUGCAGAGAACACUGGCGAGCUCAAGGAAGGACAUCGCAACCGGUGGUUCAUCAUGUUCACCAACUUCCAGAUCGACUUUGGCUUCGUGGUCUCGGCCAUUGUACCCAUGAUUGUCUGCUUGAUCUGCGGUAGUGAUCAUUUGCGGGCAUCCUGGCGUAUUAGUUUGGGCUUGGGUAUCAUCCCUCCCUUGAGUCUGGUCUAUCUUCGAUACAAGAUGAACGAGCCGGAGGAAUUCAACCGCCAGCGCAUGCACAAGUUCCCUUUAUCACUGAUCUUCAAGUUCUACUGGAGGCGCUUGUUUAUCGUCUCUUUGAUCUGGUUCAUCUACGACUUUUCGUCCUACUCCUUCGGCCUGUACUCCUCCAAAUGGCUGUCACUUAUCCUCCCCGAUACCGCACCACUUUGGAAGACCUUUGGCUAUACCACGCUGAUCUAUCUCUUCUACAUUCCUGGUUCCGCUCUCGGGGCAUUUUGUAGUGAUUGGCUUGGCCCUCGUCAAACACUGGCUAUCGGAGUUGGUCUCCAAGGUGUAGUUGGAUUCAUCAUGUCUGGGUGCUACCAAUGGCUUGCUACUAAGGAGUACAUUGGUGCCUUUAUCGUGGUUUACGGUGUUUUCUUGGCCCUAGGUGAAUUUGGCCCUGGCGAUAACAUUGGCCUUGUUGCAGCUAAAACCAGCGCCACCGCCAUUCGCGGACAGUACUACUCGUAUGCCGCAGCCAUCGGUAAGAUUGGCGCAUUCGUGGGUACUUACGUCCUUCCCAUUGCCAAAAACAACGCCCCAAACCCGACUCGCGCUGGCCAGGAUCCUUUUUUCAUUUCCAGCUCCCUCUGCAUCUUCAGUGCUUUCCUGGCAUGGUUCCUUCUCCCCCAGAUCAAUCAGGACACCAUCACCCAUGAGGAUGAAAGGUUCCGCGAGUAUUUGGCCGAACAAGGCUACGACACAUCAACCAUGGGUAACUAA